AUGGAAACGCAAGCCCGCGCGUACAUCCGGCAGUACCCCGUUCCCACCUGGAUCAACCGUGACAGCCCACUGUACCGUGGCUGGGAGCUCUUUGACAACACUUGGGAAGGGGAACAAACACUGGGAGAGCUGGGACUGACCGCGGAGCCUGAACAGGAGCAUAUGACACGCACUCCUUCCCCGAUCGGCACCACGAACCCGCCGAGCCCGUAUUCACACGGCCCGCCACCAAACACUCACGAACGCGGAACUCUCCGUAACCGCCCCUUCAUCAUGGCUCCCAAGGACCAAGCCCGCAACUACCGCGGCCAGUUCGCGCGUCAGGACAAUGAGGUCUCGGUCACCUCCAAGGAGGCAACGGCCGUCACCUUCGCCGCGGCGGCCCUUACCCACAUGGCUGAGAACCCCGGCCUGUACCCUGCCGAGUGGAACGCCGGAGCAAAGACCAACAAGGCCGCCAUCCUGUCGCUGGCCACCAAGGUUAACCAGGGCGCCGAGGGAACCAAUGAGCCCCAAUCCCCUGCCGAGGUGCUUCGCCGCCUUAACCUCAGGCCUGGCCCAACCACUCCAAGCCGCAAGCGCCACGCAACCAUCAACCUGGUCGACGAUGACGAGGACCGACUCGUCUACAAUACCGCGCCCAAGUUUGGCGGCACCAACCCGUUUGAGUCGCCCGCGAAGAAGCAGGCUAACAACUCCCGGUCCGAGAAGGCCAACCCGGCUGCCGUGGCCACCCUCCUUGAGACCAAGGAGUUCUACCGUGACAUGACCACCUUCAUGAGUCGCUUCGGUAGAAUUGCCAACCUGGAGUUCGAUCCUCGCUGCCCCGCUGUUGAAGACUUCCUGGCCGGUCGCCCUGCCCAGCGCGAUGAUAUGCUCGCCGUCGCCGGCGCCCAUGUUGCCGUCGUGUUUUUGCACGACAAGUACACCACCGCGUGUUUGUUUCCUGCCGGUUGUAUCGACGGUCUGAUGAAGGCUGUAACCACCCUUCGUGCCGCCGACCCCGAGAACAAGACCGACCAGGUACCGGUCUGCUUCGUCCUCCACGCCUUGCUGCGCCUGGACCGGGACUUCGGCGUCGUGAAGAUCCGAUACACCGAGGAUGAUCGCAUUGACAAGCUGGUCACCAUCGCGGCAUGGAAGAACAAGUACGCCGCGUCUCUCGACGCCACCAGCAUCGAGGAGAUGCGUCGCCGCGUGGCAGGCCUAGUCGGCUACGUCAAGGACCACGGCGUGGUCAAAUGCCACGCUCUAACCGAUCGCGAGCCGCAUGAAUGGCAGCUCGCCCUUAGUUCACGUCGCCUGUCGCCCAACGCCACCACGGCAGCGCCGGGCGAGAAGUCGAACUUCGAGUUCACCUCGCGUCUGCCCAACACCAAUCUUGACGGCAAGCAGAAGGUUGUCUACGCCCUCACCAAGAUCAAGGGUGUCGGUCGCCGUUACUCCAACCUCGUCUGCAAGAAGGGCGAUGUCGACCUAAACAAGCGCGCCGGAGAGCUCACCUCCAAGGAGCUCAAGCGUAUCGUCACCAUCAUCCAGAACCUCACCCAGUACAAGAUUCCCGCCUAUACGUCGAAAUCAAACCCCGAACCCACGUUGCACCCCAGAUGGUGGAAUCAUGCAAGACGCGAUAUUGUUGACGGCAAGGACUCGCAGGUCCCCGCCAAUGGUGUCGACUUUAAGCUCCGUGAUGACCUCAAGUGCCUGAAGAAGAUCCGGGCCCACCAUGAUCUGCGACACUACUAG